AUGUCCAACACCGAGUGGGACUCUAAGCUCGUUAUCGGUAACAGGGCCCAAGUAAGGAGACCUGUCGCGAUUGCUAGCACUAGCAACUCCGCUUUGAACGGAUUCUUGAACAGGCCCGCCGUCAAGGCGCUAUUGUGUCCGUCGACAAAAAAACCGCAGGAGGAAGCAACAAAGCCCACCAAGCGCAUUGCUAAGCUUGACCGAGAGAACGAGGUCGCUCCUCCACCAAGGAUCAACCCCGCCGUAGGAAGGGCUAUGCAAGCCGCCCGUCUGGCUAUGCAAUUGUCUCAAAAGGAUCUUGCGAACAGGAUCAAUGAGAAGCAAUCUGUCCUCCAGGAUAUCGAAAGUGGCAAAGCCAACGCAAACCCACAAGUCUUGGGCAAGAUUGAGCGACAACUCGGAGUCAAACUGCGAGGUAACGAUAUUGGAAAGAAAUUGGAAGGGCCCAAGCGAUCUGCUGCAUAA